AGAGACAGAGAGAGAGAGAGAAUAGAGUGUGUCACUUUUUUGUGCUCAGUUCGCACCUUGAAACUUUAACGCAACACGUGCGGUUUUUCAGGUAUUUUUUCAACUUCAGUUUCAGCCAUGUUCACUUCAGGUACUGACGAUGGAAACAUGUUUUUGGCAUGUGAACAGAAUCAGUUUUUCUUCUUCUUCUUCUGUGGACAGGCUUUAAAAUCCCCCCUGCAGUGAGAUUACUGCUUUAAUUGGGUGGCCAUUGGGCAACGCUUCCAGAUGCUUCCUCCUGGACUGUGACAGAGUUGACUAAGCUGAACACAGCUACAGAGACACAGAAGAGGACAGACACACGAUAAAGACACAUACCGAUAUGUCAGUGUGUUACCGUAACAGCCUCCAGUGAAGUCAAGCAUUACGAGUGGUGGAAACUUCCUCUUUUGGCCAGCCACCCCCAGUGACAUAAACUAUUACCACACACUCUUCCGUUCAGCAGUGAGGCACACAGGUUUUUGUUUUAAUCUAAAAACACAUCAGUACGCCGAGGGAGUGGGAUGAAAACACAACGAGAGCACAGAAGAGGAAACACUAACCAUGCUGAAGAAUGACCAGGUGGUCUACAUCUGCCUGGAGUUGGUCAUCGCCUGCCUGGCUGUGGCGGGGAACAUCCUGGUCUGCUGGGCCGUCUGCCUCAACUCCAACCUGCAGAGUAUCACCAACUUCUUUGUGGUGUCCUUGGCGUUGGCUGAUAUCGCUGUGGGGCUGUUGGCAAUUCCCUUCGCCAUCACAGUCAGCACCGGCUUCUGUGCUGACUUCUAUGGAUGCCUCUUUAUUGCCUGCUUCGUCCUCGUGCUCACCCAGAGCUCCAUCUUUAGCCUGCUGGCCAUCGCUGUGGACCGAUACAUUGCUAUCAAGAACCCGCUCAGGUACACCAGCCUGGUGACGGGGCAGAGGGCAAAGGCCAUCAUCACUUUGUGCUGGGUUCUCUCUGUGGGCAUUGGCCUCACUCCAAUGCUGGGCUGGAAUACAGCAGGUGGAAACAGCACAACCUCCCCCAGCGGGACCUGUCCUGAAGGCAUGACCGAGUGUCUGUUUGAGGGAGUGGUCACCUUGGACUACAUGGUCUACUUCAAUUUCUUCGGCUGCGUCCUUGUACCUCUGUUGGUCAUGCUGGUCCUGUAUGCCAACAUCUUCAUGGCCGCUCGACGCCAGCUCCGAUUAAUUUGCCUCAAAAUUUCCCAAGCCCCCUCUGCUACAGAAACCGCCUCGUCUCCCAGUUCAUCUUCAUCCACCCUGCAGAAGGAAGUGCACGCCGCCAAGUCACUGGCCAUCAUCGUAGGUUUGUUUGCCUUCUGUUGGUUGCCACUGCACAUCAUCAACUGCUUUAACCACCUGUGUCAGGACUGUAACCGGCCACACAUUUGGUUGAUGAACAUUGCCAUUAUCCUCUCCCAUGCUAACUCCGUCGUAAAUCCCUUCAUCUACGCCUAUCGCAUUCGGGAGUUCCGACAGACGUUCCGCAGGAUCCUGUACCAGAACAUCCUGGGCCGCAGGGAUAUGCCCAGGAUUGGAGUUUCUCGUAAUAGUGUCACAGGUGUGGGAAGCAGCCACAGCAGCAUCAUGGGAACUUCCUCUUCACGUAACAGUAAAGAGGCCGUGUCAUGUGGUACAAUAGUAAAUAGUUUCAUCCUGGACUCAGAUCCAAGUCAUACUCCACCAAAAAACACCCCGGAAGCCUCACGCCUGUGGACAAUAGAGUUGGACCCCGAUAUAAGUAGCGGUGUACCCAAUGGUCACAAACCAAAGGAACACGUGCCUGCAGGAACGUCAGAGCUGCUGUGUAUCCCAGGAUAUUCUGUGCAGGAGAGAACAGAGUCAGUCACAAACAUCGACCAGCAGUUUGAGUUAAAAGACAGUCAGAGCUCCAUCACUUUCGUAAACGUCCACGCACUCUCCCCUAACCAGACUGAGUGCUCUGCAGAGCUUCCAGAAGUCUCGUGACAAAGACAUUUUAAAUAACACACAUUUACAGAAUAUUACAGUAAAGCAUGUAACAUUCACACAUCAAACAAAAUCACAUCAACGACAAAUGAAAAAAACAAGAGCAGCUGCAAAUUCCAUUUUCUGUGAGGGCUUCCGGGCUUCCAACCCCUCACAUUUUACAAAGGUAUUAAAAAGUAUUUUCAGUUUUAUUUUCAAUUACUGUAAUUUCUGGACUAUAAGCUUAAACAAUGAUGCGGCUAAUUUCUGGAUUUUUACGGGCUAACAAAGUUCAUACCGCUAGCGAUCAAUGCC